AGCAGCUGUGUAGAUUUUCAACCGCGAGUCCAACACAAAAAGAAAAACACUUCUUCCGAGAGGCAGGGAAAACAUUUCCUCGCGGUUUCGCGUAAUUUUGGACACGGUGUUUUUUAGCGGAAAAUUCCAGGGGGGGACCCUUUGAUAGGGUUUUGUGAGUUAGUUUGUCUGUGCAAUGAGUUUUCCGGACGAGAAAAUCGUUCAAAAUUUCCACAAUCGUCACCGUCACCUGGAAAAGGACCGAAAAGUGGGCGAGGUGUAAAGUGACGGAAAAGAAAUAAUAAAAAAAGGAAAAGAAAGGGGGUUGUUUGUGGGGCAUUGGGGGUGGUUGUAGAAGGAAGAACGACAAGAAAAGAGUUGUGUGUGUUUUCCUCUGGCAUAUGCACAUGAAAAACGAGGAAAAAACCACGAGCAUUACGAGACACAAGUGGAAAAUUGGAGCACUAGGGCGGCAAACGUGUAUGAGUUUUCUGUGUUAUCCCGAGUUGGUGUGUGCGGAUUCGUCGUGUCUCGAGCAACACUCGAAUCCUUCGCGAAUGGAAAAGUUUACGCAAAUGUCAAGGUUUUCCCGGCUCCGAAUGCAAGUUGUUCAAAAAAGCUAACGCUGAAAAAACGGGGUAAAAAGUGUGCUAAACUUGAAGAAAACCCCCUUUUCCCUAAUUGAAAACCCACACUGAACGCUUCGUUCAGAGCAACAGAGUGCUUUCAAAUCGCGGAAAAAACGAGGAAAAUAAGUUUUGUGAAGACACACACACACAAAUACCAUCGCAGGAUCAAAAGGAUAACAUUGGUCUCGGCGAAACGUGAAAAGGAACAAACAAAACCGAACCGAAGAAAAGUCCUAUCUCAUCGCGGCGGCUCGUGAUGGUUCUAAGCAAAAGAUCUUCACCACAAAUCGUCCCAACGGCUAUGUAACUGUAUGAUCGACCCAAUCGCAAACUGCUGACGCCACGAUGGUCCUGAGCACCGAGUGGUCCCAGGUGGAAAUCAUCGACCUCAUCAACGAUGGCAACGGGCUGGGCUUCAUGCUGGUAGGGGGCCGUAGCACCGGGGUCGUCAUCAAAGCGCUCAUCCCGGGUUCGGUCGCGGAGCGUGACGGUCGUCUCCAGAGCGGUGACCACGUGCUCCAGAUAGGCGAUGUGAACCUGCGGGGCUUCAGCUCGGAACAGGUCGCCACGGUGCUGCGCCAAUCGGGCCAACAGGUCCGGCUGAUUGUGGCCCGACCGGUGGAACCGACCUCGCCGGACUAUCAGGCACUCGCCAGUCACGCCCCCAUCAUUCCGACCAAAAUGCUGACCGACCCGGAGGAGCUGGACCGGACGCUGCUCCAGACGGCCGGGUACACUUCCGGAGCGUUUCUACAAUCACCCGUCGAGGACUCGGAGGAGCUGUGCCCCACGCACAUCGAGGUCGUCGCCGUGAACAAUACAAUAAAUAUCGAUAACAAUAGCUUAGCCUUAAUUUCCCCUUCGUCGAUUUCGAUCCCACAAGUGCUUAGUCAACCCGGGCUGCUGGCCGAGCUGGGGCUGAAGGACUGCCAGCAACUGCCACCGCCACUGCCCCCGCCGGAUCCGGCGCUUUAUAGGGACUCGCCGGAAACGCCUGAGACGGAGACUUACGAGGUCGAGCUUCGGAAGAACGUUUACGGGUUGGGGAUUACGGUGGCUGGGUACGUUUGCGAGGAGGAAGAUCUGUCGGGGAUCUUCGUGAAGAGUAUCAUUGAGGGUAGCGCGGCGGAGAUGAGUCGCAAGAUCCAGAUCAACGACCGGAUAGUGGCCGUUGAUGGGCGAUCGUUGAGUGGGGUUACGAACCAUCAAGCGGUCGAGCUGCUGAGAAACACGGACAUUGGGGUGAAGCUGUCGCUGGAGAGGUUCUUGAGGGGUCGGAAGUACGAGCAUCUGCAGGUGGCGCUGAUCGAUACCAGUUCUGCGGUGGCUGCAGCUGCGAGUAAUCCGCAGCUGUCGCAGUGCCAGAGCCAGCGGUGUUCCAUGAUCCAGUCUCCGUCGGUGACGACCCUGUCGAUAUGUCAGGCCAAGUCGGACGCGGAUUCGAUCGUGACGGAGUGCGGCGAGUGCGGGAUUGAGCCGGAAAUGGAGUCCGCCACUACGUAUGAUAGCAAUGUGUUCUUGUUGGAGAAUGGGGACUGCAGUGAAAACGGGUUGUACGAAAAUGGGGCGAUCAUUGCGGCGAUGGCUGCGUCGGCGGCGGCCACUCCGGUGCGGGAAAACAUGGAUCUGGUGCUGGACGCUUACGGGGAUGAUCUGCGAAGUGCGUCCCAGAUGGUGACCCCGAUCGUGGAGUUGGAUCCGGUGAUUGAGUUUUGGCAGCGGCAGCUUCCGAACUGCUUGGUGAUUUUUGCGGACAUUCAGAAGAUGUCGGGGCUGGGGAUUAGUUUGGAGGGUACGGUGGAGGUGGAGUGCGGGGUUGAAGUGCGACCACAUCACUACAUCCGGUCGAUCCUGGAAGAUGGACCGGUGGGUCGGGAUAAAACGCUCAAGCCUGGGGACGAACUGCUGCAGGUGAACGAGCACCGAUUGCAGGGCCUGAAACAUAUCGAAGUGGUGAAGAUUUUAAAGGAACUUCCGUCGAAAGUGCGCGUGAUCUGCGCACGUGGUUCUUCGGCGCCUACUGUGAUCAACACGUCGCAAAAUGCGGAGGCGUUCGAGGCGCGAAGUUUGCUGGCCGGCGGUCUCCAGAGUCUGCAGAGCCUGCAGGGCAUUCUGACCAAGGCCCAGUCGGAGAGUUCGCUGUACACGUCCAGUACGGCAACCCUGACCGAUCAGCAGCGCUCGAAGAGCGUCGAACAGGUGUCGGGCCUGGCACUGUGGACCAACGAAAUCAUCUACUGUGACAUCGAAAAAACGGAACGUGGCUUCGGCUUUUCGAUCCUCGACUAUCAGGACCCGCUCGACACCGAGGGGACGGUAAUCGUGGUACGCGGCCUAAUCCCGGGUGGCUCGGCCGAAGCCACCAACUUUAUCUUCCCCGGCGACCGGCUGGUCUCCGUCAACGAGCACAGCCUGCAGGGCGCGACGCUGGACCAGGCCGUAAGUAUACUGAAAGGCAUCCCCCUCGGAACGGCACGCAUCGGCCUGUGCCGGCCGCUGUCCACCUCGGACAACAACCUAUCCUCGACGCCGGAAACUCCCACCACUUAACUACAAAUCAUUGAUCUGUUUUUCGAGUUUGACAUUUAAGUGUUCAACGCUCGGUACGCUAAUUAAAAGCAGAUCAGUUCCGUUCAGUUGUUGCCUAACAAUCAGUUUUUUUAGUCGUAAGGGCGUGUUUUGUAUAGAAAAUGCAAAGAUGUGGCGCGUAGCGCCGGUCAAACUGACAGCUGUCACCAUACACGCUAAAUUAAGUGCACGAGGAAGCGCUCCGGAAUUUAGCUAAGCUUAUGCAAAGUGUUACGCUUCGGUUAGUGGUUCGAAGCUUUCUACUUUUCAAACUAGCGAGAGAAAAAGACCAGGUCCUCACCCUCCUCGCAAAGCAAACAGAACAAAACAGCCCGCCGGAGAUUACCGUUUCAAUAUUUUUGUUUCGGAAACACAGCCAACCACAGGAAAAAGGAUCAAGAUGGCUCCCCCUCGGAAAGUUGGGCGCACGCGUAGGCUUAACAACAGACAGCAGAAGGAUAGAUAAAUAAAUUUUGAGCCUGCAAAUAGAAAACCGAAAAUGGAGAGUAGUCGCACAGCUGAAUUAAAAUACUGGCUGCUGCACAAAUAAAGAACAGAGGAGGCAUUGAGGUUUUGCGGCUAACCAUA